AUGGUGAACAUGACCGUCUACUCUGAAGUCAAGAGACUCCAUUCCUUUUUGCAAGACAUGGUUGGUCUCCGCCGCAGGAAGCGCCAGCUGCAGAUUUCCGAACCCUUCGACUUCAAAAGAGAAGCCACCAUCAUCCCCGGCAUCAGCGAAGACGAAAUCUCCGUUCUCCGCGAAAAAGCCGCCGCCUCCCGCCUCGGCAUCGCCCACGCCGACACCUACAGCGACACCAUCUUCCCCCUCCCCCACCACCACCACCACCACCACCAUCAUCACAGCCACCCCCACCGCCUCCGCUCCCGCGGCAGCGGCGGCGCCCUCUCCCUCUCACCCUCAGGCACCACAAUAACAGCAGCAGCAGUAACGGCAGCGACACCGCCGCCGCGCCUGUCCAUCCCCAUCCCCAUUCCCAUCCCCGGUGGUGGUGGUAACUCUGCCUUCUCGCGCCACGGGUCGGGGUCGUCGUCGCUGCGGAGCAGUAGCACGGUGCAGGGGUACCAUGGUCAAGGGGGGUUGUUGGGUGUGGGUGCCGGCGGUGCGGAGAGGGUGUCGUCGUCGAUGGAUUAUUUGGAUUUGUUGCUGUUUGGGAACCCGUCGGGGGUGUCGCAUCACAGCCACCACCACCAUCACCAUGAGGUGGCGGGCCCGGAGUUGGUUAUGCCGCCUUUGGGGCCGGUGGUGUUGGCGGGUUCAACGAUGACGGUGUCGCCGUUGGAGUUGGAUGGUGGGGAGUUGGGGGGUGGUGGUGGCGGUGGGGUAGAUUGGGGGAUGGAGUUUGAGUUUCAGAUGGAGAGUCCGCGGAGGGUGAGGGUGUAA